CCAAACUCAACCCCAGCCAGCUAAAAGUAAAACCAGCGGAAGCUCCGUCGAUCUCACCAGCAGCGACGGCCGCGCCUUUCUUCUUCUUCUUCCUCAUUCAAACGCCCAAGACUCAAAAUCUACAAUUUUCGCACUAUAAAUACCCAUUGUUCCGGACAGGAAUCCAAACACCCAAUCCCCAAUCACUUUCAAAUCAAAUCCAUCGGAUUAUUGGUUUUCGGAGCGGGAAUGAUGAAGGCUUCAAUCAAGUUCCGUGAAGACCAGAAGCCGCUGUUGCGCAAAGUCCCUCUCAGCAUUCUCGGCCUCCCCUUCCAGUCCGGCGUCGUUUCGGGGGUCAAAGAACUGUCGUUGAAUCUCGGCACGUUCUUCGACUCCGGCCCUUCUCUGAAGCUCGCCUACCGCCCCAACGAUUCGUUGAAUCCGUUCUCUCUCGUGUUCAAGACGGUUGGCCACUUCGGAUCGCCGAUUUCGAGCCCGAUGACUAUGAGCGCCGAGUUCAAUUUGAUCGGGACAAACCCUAGCUUCUUCGUUCACUUCAAGCCUAAGUUCGGCGAUUUCUGCAUCAAGAAGUCUCAGUCGUCUGAGUUCGUUAAGACUGAGGCGAAGGCGAGCGGAGCGGUAUCCGACGACGACGGAUCGAUUGAAGUGGUGGAGUCGCCGGCAGUGAAGAGCGGGCUGUUCUCCGACGAGAAAAUUAGGGCUUUGCAGUCGGAGUCGUCGGCUGCGAGGCUGAUUUGUGGAUUAUUGAGAGGUACAGAGGCGAGCGCCAAGACGACCUUUCCGGUGCUGAACCGCGCCGUGGUGAAUCUCCGUUGGGGAUUCAGAUUCCCGGCGGAGGAGAGAAGAAGCGGUCCGGCGGCUGGGAUUUCGAUCGACAAGCUCCCCCUCCUCGUGAUGAACAAAAUCAGCGUCGAACACGUGGCUGACGAUCCCUCAAAGGAUUCCUCUAAGGUGCGCCAUCACGCAGCGUUAAAUUCCCCUUAUGUCGAUGACGUGGCAAAGACUUGUUUGGCUGUGAAACAUCAGUUGGAAGUUAUCCAGGCGGAGAAUGGGAUGCUUAGGAAAGCCGUGGACGACCUGAGGUCGCAACUGCCCGUCGGAAAAUUGCCCUUAUGCGCCGCCGCAGAAGGCGGUGAGUCGGGCAAGUAUAGAGAAGCCGAGAGAGGCGACCGGCGAAGCAAUGGCAACAAAAAAUCAUCAGCAUUGGAUGGUCCUGGAGGAAGAGGAUCGGAAGGCAACCUCAACAACGAGUUGAAAGCAGGAAAAUGGCCACGCCGGAGCUUAAACUCCGCGGCGUCGCCGGAUUUUGCAGCGGCUCUAGCCCCAGUGUGUAUGGACUAGCAUUUAUGACGUCAUGUCUUUAUUUUUGGUUUAUGGGUUAUUGUCUUUCUCUUUUCAUAUAAAAUGGAUAAGGGUUAGUUUGGUCAUGAAUAUCGAUGUUUUGCUUUUUCUAUUACAUUUGUUUAGUUUGGGCUUGUAGGAAAAUGCGGUAACAGUGUAAAUUUUUCUUAUAUAUAUAAAAGGAAGGUUGGACUUUGGGCA